AUGGCGCAGCAGAAUUCUGGCAAGAUCUCCAAGUUUGAGGUGCACGAUGUGCGGUUCCCGACCAACGUCACUGGCGACGGGACGGACGCCAUGAACAAGGAGUGCGAUUACUCGAGCGCUAUGGUCGUGUUCGAGACGGACACGGGGCUCAAGGGCUACGGAAUGACUUUUACUAUUGGGCGCGGAAACGAUAUUGUUUGCUACGCCAUCAAGGAGGUGGCUAAUCGGAUUGUUGGGAUGGAUGCCGAGGAGAUCUUUGCCGACAUGGGCAAGUUCUUCGACUUCCUCGUCGCGGACCCGCAGCACCGCUGGCUCGGACCCGAGAAGGGCGUUAUCCACCUCGCUACUGCCGCUGUGUCCAACGCUCUGUGGGACAUGUACGCCAAGGCUCGUGGAAAGCCGCUUUGGAAGCUCAUUGUCGACUUUACGCCCGAAGAGUUUGUCAAGUCGACUUGUUUCCGGUACAUUACCGACGCGAUUACCAAGGACGAGGCACUUGCUCUGCUUAAGAAGCAGGAGGCUGGCAAGGCGGCGCGCGAGAAGGAGGUCAUUGAGCGCGGAUAUCCGGCGUACACCACAUCUGUUGGGUGGUUGGGCUACGACGAUGCCAAGGUCGAGCGCCUGACCAAGGAGGCGCUUGCCCAGGGCUUCAACCACUUCAAGCUCAAGGUUGGCGCCGAUGUCGAGGACGACCUCCGGCGCGCAAAGCUCAUCCGGAGCAUUAUCGAUAACCCGGCCAACAUGCCUGCUGGGCGGACUGUGGACCCCAAGACUAUCGAGGGCAAGAAUGCUGGUCCGACAGGGUGCGUGCUCAUGGUGGACGCCAACCAGGUCUGGGACGUGCCUCAGGCUAUCGAGUACAUGAAGCAGCUUGAGCCCAUCAAGCCUUGGUUCAUUGAGGAGCCUACUGCUCCAGAUGAUGCUGUGGGCCACGCCGCUAUCCGCAAAGCCCUCAAGCCAUACGGAAUUGGUGUGGCGACUGGCGAGCACGCACACAACCGCAUGACUUUCAAGCAGCUUCUGCAGCUCGACGCCAUCGACGUUUGCCAGAUCGACUCGUGUCGCGUCGGCGGCGUGCAGGAGAUUCUUGCGAUUCUGCUCAUGAGCGCCAAGUUUGGCGUGCCCGUUUGUCCUCACGCCGGUGGUGUCGGACUGUGCGAGUACGUCAUCCACCUCUCGCUUAUCGACUACAUCUGCGUUAGCGGGACCAUGGACCGCAACGUCCUCGAAUUUGUCGACCACCUCCACGAGCACUUCCUCUUCCCCGUGUCCAUCAACAAGGACGGCCGAUACAACGUCCCCCUCGACCCUAAGACCGGGUACAGCAUCGAGAUGUUCGACCAGAGCAUGAUGGACUAUGCGUUCCCCGAGGGCGCGUACUGGGUCGCCGCCGCCAAGGGCGAGCCGUUUGCCGGCGCUCCUCAGGCCCACUAG